UAGACAGGACUUGUAGUUGAAAGUCGUCGAGUGUCACGUGGUCAUUCACUUCUAUUGGAAUAUCGUUGUCUGUUUUGACUCUUUUGAUCGUCAAUAUAUUUACUUUGGGAGGCCAAGACAGGUGUAUAAUGCCACAGUAGACCGCGUUUAUUAAAGCCGUGUUACUUCCGCUGUCCCAGGUCUUCAAUUCAUUUCGGCAGGGCUGACAGAUCUCGCCGCGGACCAGACGAGGCGAACAAAACGCAUGGCAAGGAUAACUCGGCCGCAAUGAGAUAAUAUAACGCUGAUCGAAUUCUUGGAGUAUAAAGUGGAAUAUAAUAUUGGUGCGAGUUCUGCAGGGAAUAUACUAUCUAGAUAAGAAAAUGACUCAUCUCAGCAUAUUAUGGAUCACGGUUAUUGCCGUAUCACAAAUAAGAACAGGACGAUCUCAGGAUAUCUUCGACGAGGAAGGGAAAGAUCAUGACAUUUGUGCCAUCGCAGGUUUUGAUUUCAUCUCAGUUUUUAACCUAGAUAGCCUUACACUGCCCGGUGUGAAAAAAACGAUAGGUUCGAAUUAUCUUCAGCGGGCGUACAAGAUUAACAAAAGGGCAAAUUUUAGAAUACCAACAAGGGUAAUGUUCCCACGUGGACUGCCAACAAAGUUUGUCUUCGUGAGCACAUUCCGAAUGAGUAGUAGGGCAAGAAAGGAUACUUGGAACUUGAUAAGGAUUGAAGAUUCAUUGCAGCGGCCCCAGUUCGCUGUCAAGUUUGAUGGCCAGCGUAAGGUGGUUGAUGUACUGUUGACCGAAUCUGAUCUCAGUACCAAGACGUUAAGCUUUACUACAGGCGAUAAGUAUUUCGAUCGGCGAUGGCACAAAAUAGCGCUCGUCAUUGAUGCCCGAAACGCCACACUAUUUGUUGAUUGUAUCCAACAACAGACGCUGCCUUUCGAACCCCGAGGAGAAGUUGCCAUCGACGGUAACAUCCUGAUGGUAAGGGAAGAGACCACAGGGAGAGCCGUGCCGAUUGAGCUACAAUGGUUGGUUAUGCAGUGCGAUGUCACGUUAGAGGAGCAUUUUAAGUGUUCGGAAUUACCAAGCGAAGGCAAUAACACACCUGCACCAAGAUAUGGAGAGAAUAGGGGUGCUUGUGAAACGGUUUGUCCAGCGGGCCCACCAGGGAUUAAUGGCAGUAUGGGACUCCCAGGUUCUAUUGGACCCGUGGGGCCUAUUGGGCGCACGGGAAGAGAUGGUAAGCCAGGACAACCGGGCCCGCCGGGAUACCGUGGGGCCCCAGGAAUAAACGGUAUCGAUGGUGCUCUCGGACCAGUCGGUAAACCAGGAUUACCAGGAAAACCGGGGGAACCUGGACCAGUAGGACCAAUCGGCCCACCGGGCGUGAACGGAACAAUUGGUCCUGUUGGUUUUACCGGGGCUGCUGGAGAGAAGGGCGCAAGGGGAGAGCGAGGCAAUGAUGGGAACGAUGGUCUACCAGGAUUACCAGGGCAAGCUGGUCCUGCCAGCGAAGUCAGGGAGAUAAUCGGGCCAGCAGGGCCUCCUGGUGCCCCAGGAAUCGAUGGUCAGAGGGGAGAAAUAGGCCGGGCUGGUAAUCCCGGCAGGGACGGUGAGAAGGGAGAGAAGGGAGACCCUGGAAAUGAUGGGACGCGCGGUUCGCCAGGUGGUCGAGGGCCCAGGGGGUUCCCUGGUCAAGAUGGGCAGUCGGGUCCAACCGGGCAGACGGGACCACCGGGGCCGCCGGGAGUAGAUGGCAUCAGUGUCAAAGGGUCAUUACAGAGCAUCACGCCGAUUCCGGGUCCGAGAGGGCAUCCCGGAGUGCCAGGCCCCCCUGGUCAAGGGGGUCCAAAGGGACAGCCCGGAGACCCUGGAGAACGUGGGGAAAUUGGUACUAACGGGCAAAAGGGAAGCAAGGGUUCGAGGGGCAUGCCCGGAGUCACCGGUAUAGAAGGACCACAGGGGCGUCCAGGAGCCUUGGGACGGGCUGGACCAGAAGGGCCGAGAGGACUUAAGGGAGCAGCCGGGAGGCUUGGUGCCGCAGGACGACCAGGUGAAGCUGGACUACCCGGCCCGGUAGGUAAUGUAGGCCCCUACGGUGAAAAGGGAGACAAGGGUGAAAGGGGAGAACCGGGUCGCGCAAUUUCACUGUCGGAUGAAAUGCUCAAGGAAAGACUAAAGGGUGAAAAUUUAGCGGUGGAGCUCUUGAAACUGGCCAAAGGAGCACCUGGUCCAAGGGGACCCCAAGGAAAUACUGGGCGCCCAGGCACGCCAGGAGAGGAUGGAAGACCAGGGACCACCGGCUCUCCAGGUGCACCAGGAGAUAUUGGAAUCACAGGACAACCUGGAGAGCCUGGUGAAAAGGGCAGUCCUGGCGAACCGGGUCCUGUUGGACCACUAGGUCCGAAAGGAGACGUGGGACCCCGUGGCUUGAAGGGAGAUCGAGGAUACUAUGGUCCAAGAGGUUAUAGAGGCCAGCCUGGAAGAAAGGGAGAUCCAGGACCCCCCGGAACUGCUGGUCGACCAGGUCCAGUGGGCCGAAAUGGAUCACCUGGACUGAAUGGAAACCCAGGAGCAGUUGGAAGUAUGGGGCCGGUAGGUCGUGUCGGCCCCCCUGGCCCACCGGGACCACCAGGUAUAGCCGGACCAGCAGGAAAAGAUGGAAUACCGGGCGGCAACAGCUCAGGCCGUGGACAAAGUGACCAGCCCUUGAGCAGCCAGCCCCAUCCGGAUGGACUGUAUGGUUAUCGAGUAUCGGAAAGAAAGGUCUACCUCCCAGGACGCUUGGGGCCGCAAGGACCCCCUGGUCCUCCGGGACAGCCUGGAGCUCGCGGUAUUCAAGGUGACAUCGGUCCGGCAGGUCCACCCGGUCGGGUAGGAUACCCAGGUCCGCCAGGUGUACCGGGGUCGGUGGGGGGACAAGGCUCACGCGGACAGCCAGGGAUACCCGGCAAUCCUGGACCACCGGGAAUCCGUGGCCACGUCACAAAGGGACGAGGUGUGGACAGAGGCGAACUCAGAAGAAUGUGCAAAGACAUUUUGAAAGAAGAGUUAGCUGAUAUGGUGAGCAACCUACGCGGUCCACCAGGGCCGCCUGGUGAAGGAUUUCCGGGGCGGCCAGGGAAACAGGGGCGGAUAGGACUAGUGGGUCCGAUAGGGCCACCAGGGUUCCCUGGUGAUACCGGUGCGAUGGGAGUGCAGGGUUACCCAGGAGUGACUGGACUGAGAGGACAAAAGGGUCCACACGGGGAUAAAGGCUCACCCGGACUACCAGGAGAGGGCCAGGAAGGCUCGCCAGGAAUCCCAGGGGAGCGAGGAGCGCCGGGUAGGCCAGGUAUAGGCAGGCCAGGCCCUCCUGGUGUGCGCGGUCAUCCUGGACGCCCUGGCUUUGCUGGUUCCAGAGGAGCACCAGGACCAAUUGGACCAACCGGACGAUGUCAUGGUUGUACGAGAGACACCAAGAUGCCGUCUAUAGCAAAGCCGUUGUCGCCGGAGCAGUUGCAGUCGGGAAUCAGGGGACUCAGCGCACACAGAUCUGAAAGUAUAAGUCGAUUUCAGCCGCCCCAUCAUGUCCGUCAUGGAAGUAAUAAGAGAGGACAUAGGCAUCACCAUGAACCCGUGUUAAGAGCUGAGGAUAUGGAGGUGGAGGUUUACAGCCUCAGUCAGCUGAGAGACGAGUAUAUCGCAAGUCAAGAAAAGCUAAAACAGGAGCUCGCCCAAAGUCAGAAAACCGCUGAAGAGAACCUCAAGAACGCCCUCACAGCUCACAUUCCAUCCGUUGUCGGACUCGCCCUGAACGAUCAAAUACGUUCAACUAUAAAGACCCUUACCGAGGACUUACUGCGGGAGGAAAUUCGGACAACUAUGAGUACGUUACUUGCAGACAUGCGCGUAACGACAACCCCGAGUUCUCCCGCCGGUGCCCCCACUGGGGAUGACUCUGACAAUGAUUUUAUCUCACCGAGUCCAACAUUGGUUGAAAACGAUCUCUUGUUGACACCAUCUCCAGUAGGGAAUUUGCUUUCACCCCAAAUUAUUCCGGAUGUCCCUGUGGAAACGUCUGAAACGAAUGUGGACAUAAUCUCAUUCCCUGACCUCGACGCUGAGGAUGAAGCAGGUUUUGUUGAGACAGAGACGGAUGAUCAACUCGACACACCUCAGUAUCCUGACGAAAGGUUCCAGGAGCGGCUUCAAGAUAUGUCCGCAAAAAACACGUCUGGUGACCUCUUGCCAAAUGGGUCCUCUAAUGAGACAUCUGAGACAACGUCACAAAAGGUUUCAUCGGAUGAGAGGUCUGGUGACGAUUUGCAAGGGGACAGCGUGGAUAAAAUCGUGGAGGAGGACGAUGACGCGGAAAUGGAAAUCGGAUAUCAAACUGAAUCCACUAAUAACACUUCUGAUGAAUACUUUCAAAAGGAGACUUCAGGUAAAACGCAUUCGGCAAAAUCUCCAGCGAAUUCCGCUGAUAAAACGUCUGAGGAAGAUUUACAAAAAGAAAUGGGAGUUAAAGUGUUGGUGGACCAAGAGCAAGAGGAUGUCGUAGACAUAAUGCCCACUGAGGAGAAGUUGCUAGUUGAGUCUCCAACGAACACUUCUUGGGAUUUACGCAAAGAUACUGCGGAUAAAACGUUAGAGGAGAGGUUUCAUGUGACGUCCACAGACGAUAUAUCUGGGGACCAGUUGCAUGACGGUACUUCAGAUAAAAUUUCGCAUCAGGAAACUCCAGAUCAUUUGCAAACUGAGUCCCCGGAUAAAUUUUCUGGGGUUCAAUCGGAAAAAGAAUCCCUAGAUUUAGCGUCAAAGGCAUCCCCUGAUAAAAGAUCGGGGCGGGAGAAUAACGCGGCUGGAGGCGCAGCCACAAAACCGAAUCCAGAGGCUGAGGCUCCCGCUAAACAUACAAUUGAUGACGAUGAAAGUGGUACUUGGUUAGAAUCAUCAGACUACACGAACGAAAAUGAUACUUCUGAACUGUUAAUAAAUGAACACAAUGAAGAUGAUAAAACUAAAACGCGGACUCGUAUCAAUAUUGAUUCUGUUCCAAGUCCGGAGCAGAUAUCAAAGGAAGAUUUCCAAGAAUUGAAAUUAGUUAAAGACAAUAGUGAAGUUCGUGACUUUGAGAAUUCAGGGGAGGGCAGCAUUGAUAAGAAUGAGGAAAUGAAAAAUGACUCUGAUGCGAUUUUCGAAAAGAAAGCUAUACCAUGACGAGAACCAAUUUAGCACGUGCCUGUGAUACUCUUACAGAACUCUGGUUUAAAUGAUGAAAUGCUGAUUUUGUGCCGAUGACCUUUUCUAGUUGAGUCGAGACUCGUACAUAUAGGCAUUUUUUGAUCCAGAAUAUCAAAAGAUAUAAAGUGUGUCGUGUAUGUCAAAGAACUUGCAAGCUCGAAUUGUAUUCAAUUUCGGCCAUCCAUGUUGAACGUGACUUCGUGUGACAAGUCUGCAGCACAUGCCAUAACAGUUUCUGUUAGUGUUAUAUAGAUCAUCCUCCCAUAGCAGGCCUUCGAUCGUUCCACUCGCAUAUUUACAGCCUUGCGCCAGAAAUUGGAUCAUGUACACGAGCUGCUGGGUCACCUGCAUGCAUGUAAUCAGAUUUGUUGAUGUCAGGUGUCAGCUCUGUUAAAACUGUGUGCUUUAAUGUUUCAAUUACAGGUAACCUAGGAUGAGAUAAUGGGUUGAUGCACAAUAGAUUUAAUAGCCAAGUUAUCUCGCCAAAUCAGGCCAAUUUCAGCAGGGCGUUGAUCGGGUGUAUUUUAGGAUUUUACGGAGGAUUGUGUUCGGUCGACUUUCGAACGUACAAUGUAGAACGCCGUACAUGUACAUGUACAUGUAUUUGAGACGUCAAUAUGAAAAAAUAAUUUAAAGUGUAUGUACAUAAAAAGUAGUCAUAACUGGCGGAACUUAUCAAGUGAAAUGAUAAUUAAGUAAAAAAACAGUCAUGGCAGCAACCACUGGGUACAAGCGACCAUGCUCGGCCAAUCAUCCGCAGUAUCGGCCGUGUUAUGUGUCUGCUUGCAUUGGUUCCAGGUAGAUUAUAGGUCGCUUCUUUAGAAAAUCCAAGCACUGUACAAGUCAAAGAAUCCGGGAGCAAGGAAAACAUCCAUAACGUGAGCAAUUGAGUGUCAAGUUUAGUUUUAAUACGAUACUUCGGAACUUAGGUCCCGGAUGUGACGAUGGUACCCUAUGCGCAUUACUGACAUGACCUCUAACGCAUAUCUCCUCAUCAAAGCGCUCAACUGCAAAUCAUGCAUGAUCAGUGCGAGACGCAGUGUUUUAUUUGACGGAGAUACAUGUACAUGUAUGCGUUAGAGGUCAUGCCAGCUAUGCGCAAAUCGUACCAUCGUCAUAUCCGGGACUGAAGUUCUGAAUUGUCGUAUUAGAUUUGUUAUAUCUUGACACCCUGACAAAAAAUAGAGUCGGACGUCCAACGCGGAGUGUACUUUUUUCAAGUUGGGACCCGCUGAGUUGUGGCGUUAUUUCAAGAUAUUAUCAAAUUAUUCCCGACAAUAUUUUGUACAUACAUGUAUAUUUUUCCUGUUGAAAACAAUAA